AUGAAUGGCAAGUCGUCCCUUCCUGGAAAACAAGCACCUAACCUCAACAAUUGCACCCAAUCCCCUCCACACCAGUUUUCUUCCUCCACAUCCUCACCAAAUCCAAUCUCACCUCACUCAGGACAGAACAUCAUCACCCAUUACUUCAACAACAAUGAAGGCUUCACCAUUGAUCUUAGCCCUUACAAACCCACCCAAAUGGUCCCUGAAACACCUACUGAACCAUCCAUUUCCAAGUUACAGUGCACUAUUGUCACCCAACCACUUGAACUUCCACCAAAUUCACCACAUAAACCAUCAUCAUCACUCCAAGCUGCUGAACCUGAAUCUUCAAGCCUUUCUGAGUCCAAUUCAAUAACAAGCUUACUUGCUGACCUAUCCAAACCUAAAACCAAAGAAUCAAGCAAGAUCAAGAGGAAGCUUUCUAGAGAAUGCACAGCAGCACAGAAGGGAAAUCUUCUCCCAAGGGGCACAAAUGAUCCCUCUGAGAGAAUCAACCUUUGGACAGAUAUUGAAAGGCACUCUUCUACCCUCUCAUCUCUCCCAUGGAUCCUUGGAGGAGAUUUUAAUACAAUCAAAGCUCUUUCAGAAAACCAUGGUGGCUCAAAAAAAACUUCCAAAGCAAUGCUUGAUUUCAAGACCUGCCUUCACAACUCCAAUCUUGAGGACUUGAACUACUCAGGAAUCUUCCAUUCAUGGUCAAACAAAAGCCCUGGAGUCUGCAACAUAUCCAAGAAGUUGGACAGAGUUCUCAUUAAUGAAUCUUGGAGCCAAUCAUUUCCCCUCUCCCAUUGUGUCUUCCUCCCACCUAGAAUUUUAGAUCAUUCACCAAUGAUCAUCAAGCUUGUUGUAGCCAAACUCAAAAACCUCAAGCAGCCUCUCAAGUUGAAAUUCUCUAAAAACUUCAGCGCCAUCAAGAAAGAGAUUCAAGCUGCUAAAAACCUUCUCUCAUACUGCCAAAUCAAACUUGAUGCUGCUCUACAUGAUAUUCCAUUGAGGAAUCUUGAGAAACAGCUCUUGUCAUCCUACAGCAAGCUUAAAUCUGAUGAAGAGCAAUCUUACCGUCAAAAAUUAAGGAUUAAAUGGCUAAAGGAUGGAGACUCCAACACAUCUUUCUUCUUUAACUCCAUAUCCUCAAGAAUCAAUAGGAACAAAAUUUCAUCCAUCACUGCAGCUAAUGGUGAAGUCCUUGACACUGCAGAAGCCAUUAAAAGAGAGGUUGUUUCUCAUUUUUAA